GCCGAAUCCGAACGACAAGCGUUUUGCUCCAGUAAGGUUAGAAAAGGCGCUUCGUCGUUUUACUGCAACGCAUCGCUCGCGGUGGGAAAAAGGAACGACGACGAUCAUCUCGACGUACGAAUUUGUCUAUUCAAUCAAACCAAUCCAGAAUUUUAGCGCCACGAUCACCCUCGCCGAUCAGCUGAACCUGGGGCGUUCCUCUCCGAUUUCACGAAGCACGAUCAAUCGAUAUCUUCGUUUUGAAGAUCGAAUCGGAAUCCUGUAGAACCCUUGAAGUACUCGCCUGCUCGCCGCGAGCGGCUUGCAGAUCCAUCGUCGGAGGAGGUAGCUGCUCGUUCAGGGCUUGAAGAUGGAGGAACUCUUUGUGGCCAUACUCUCGAUGCUUCUUGUUAUGGCGCUCGUUCCGCUGUAUAUUUGGAAGCGGCGGCAGGAUUCUCCAUCAACGGAUACGCAUGAAGAACAAGAUCAGGUCCGACAGAGAGAAACUGUGGUGCGUGCAUCUGGGACCCGUCGGAUGCGUCGGAGACCACCUUCUGGGGCUAGCACUUCAUCUGCGGUGCCAGAAGCAACUGUAGAAGACGAUGCUGAUGGAAGUGAUGAAGAUGCUAUGGCUGAUGACUAUCAUGAGGCUAAAGCAUCAAAGAAGAAAGAAAAGAGGCGGCAAGAGCGGGAAGCCCAAAGACAGGCUGAUGAGGUUGCACGCGAUUCAAGGAAAACAAAACAAGAUCGCUACGCAGAAAUGCGGAGGAGAAAGGAUGAGGAGCGUGAGGCAAAGGAACGAAUGCUGGAGGAAGAGGCCAACGCUAGGAAGGCCAGGGAGGAGGAAGCUGCUGCAUUAGAUUUUGAAAAGUGGAAAGGGGAGUUCUCAGUUGAUGCUGAAGGUACUACAGAGAAUGAUGUCCAAGAUGGAAGUCAGGGGUUGCUUUCUGAUUUUGUCGAAUACAUAAAGAAGCACAAAUGUAUUCCCCUAGAAGAUCUUGCUGCAGAGUUUAAGCUAAGGACUCAGGAAUGUAUUAAUAGGAUAGCAUCCCUGGAAAGCAUGGGCCGCCUUUCUGGUGUCAUGGACGAUAGAGGGAAAUAUAUAUACAUAUCAUUAGAAGAAAUGAAAGCUGUUGCAGAUUACAUUAAGCGUGAGGGCAGGGUUAGCAUCUCACAUUUAGCAAGCAAGUCCAACCAGUUCAUUGAUCUGGAGCCUAAAGCCCAGUUUGUGGAGGAAAUCAGUAGCAUGGAAGAGAUCACUGUCAACUAACACUCUUUCCAGUACAGGGGCAAACAAGAUUAACCUUUUUCUUUUUGGCAGAAAAGUGAAUGAGAUUAGCUGAUCAAAUGUGUAAUUUGUAUUUUUCAUGUCCAGUUGUGUCUUCUUUGUUAGUCAGGUCUCAUAAAUUCUCAGAUAGGUAGAUUUUGGUUUGAAUCCAUGGAUUGAGAAUCUUUCACAAUCAGGCAUGGGAUGCCUAGUUUGUUAUA